GUCAGAUCAUUAAUCUUCGGCUAUUUUCUUCUGUGAAUUUAUCCAAAGUGUAUUCAAAAUAACCUCGCAUUUUAAGCAAUAUACGAGUUUAAAUUAUUAUUUAAAUGUCUGUAGAUACAGAAAAUGACUUUUCAGACUUUAAAUUACCACCGAUAUUUGAAGAUCUUAAUGAAAGGGUGAAAGACUAUCUUUUGAAGCCGGAAAGGCUUUCAAUACAUCAAUGGGAGCGGUCACAAUCAAACUGGCAUCGCGAAAGCAACGUCGAUUCGCUAUUUAUUCAUGAUGACGACGAUUUCGGACCCGACACCACACUCGAGGUGGUCAGAGAUCCUCUCACAGGUGAAAUAACUGGUUUAGAAGAAGUGAGUAUCCUAGUGGAAGAUGAUGAGGACAACCUAUCCAUGUCAAGGGCUCCCCUGCCCCCCAGCAUGGCAACCAGAGGUACAACCACACAGAGCCCAUUCCUCCCAGCAGGAUUUGAGGAGGAACUGGAGAAAAUGCUCGCUGAAGCUGCCAGUGGAGAUGUUAAUAUUGACCUGGAUAAUGAAGAGCCUGGAAAGUUUUUGGGUGAAGAUAUUCUAAACACAGCACCUGGAUGUAAGGAAACUGUAUUGUUUGCGGAUGAUGGCUUCACACUUCUCAACGCUCCGAAAGAAGACAAGUCAUCAGAAGAUAAAGACAAUGUUGACAUACAUAUAAAGAUCAACCUGGAAGAAGUAGUUGAUAAUAAUGCUCAUUUAGUAGAUCUCUGGAAAGAAGAGGAGGUAUUGGAAAGCAAGCCACAGAAACUUGUUAAGAAACUCGAACUGGAUAAUGACCCAGAUAAUGACAAUUUCCUUGAAGCCACCAUCAUCAGGCCUCCAAUCGAACUGCCAGAGUUACCAGUACUGAACAUUACCAGCUCAGCAGCCAAGGCAGGAGUCACAUCCACUGAUUGGGCCGAGAUGAUUGAUGUGUCCCAACCUGUACCAGAAUUCAGAGAAAAGAUUAAAGAUAUGGCACAAACCUAUCCAUUUGAAUUGGAUAAUUUCCAAAAACAGGCAAUACUAAAACUAGAGGAGGGUCACCACGUGUUUGUGGCGGCGCACACGUCGGCCGGUAAAACUGUUGUUGCUGAGUAUGCCAUAGCCAUGUCCAGAAGAAAUUGCACCAGAGCAAUCUACACAUCACCAAUCAAAGCAUUGUCAAAUCAGAAGUACAAUGAUUUCAACAAAAUGUUUGGUGAAGUGGGUCUUCUGACGGGAGACUUGCAAAUCAAUGCGACCGCUUCCUGUCUCGUAAUGACCACUGAGAUUUUAAGAUCUAUGUUGUAUUGCGGGUCUGAUGUUACCAGGGAUCUUGAGUUUGUCAUAUUCGAUGAGGUUCACUAUAUUAAUAAUGCUGAGCGUGGUUACGUAUGGGAGGAAGUGUUGAUCCUGCUCCCUGCGCAUGUGAGUAUAGUCAUGUUGAGCGCCACGGUCCCCAAUACACUGCAGUUCGCGGACUGGGUGGGACGCACCAAGAAACGGAAGGUCUACGUCGUCUCCACGCCUAAACGACCUGUACCACUCUGUCAUUAUCUGUAUACAGGAACUGGUGGGAAGUCUAAGAACGAAAGGUUCUUGGUAGUAGACCAGGAAGGAAAUUUCCAGUUACGGGGAUACAAUGAAGCGGUAGCCGCUAAGAAGGCCAGAGAGAAUGAGUACAAAAAGAAUUUCGGCCCGAAAGGAGGUAAAAUGUACCAAAAUCCGAAGGCUGAGCAAACGAUGUGGGUCGCUUUCAUCGACCAUUUGAAGCAGCAAGACAAGCUACCUGUGGUCGCCUUCACAUUGUCACGUAACAGGUGUGAUCAGAAUGCUGAAAAUUUGAUGUCAGUAGACUUGACAACCGCUAAAGAAAAGGGACAUAUCAGAUCGUUCUUCCAAAAGUGCCUUCAGAGGCUUAAAGAACCUGACAGAAGACUACCGCAGGUUAUAAGACUACAAAGGGUGUUGGAGAAUGGUAUAGGAGUUCACCACAGUGGGAUAUUGCCACUGCUGAAGGAAAUCGUAGAGAUGUUAUUCCAAUCCGGAUUUGUGAAAAUCCUAUUUGCGACGGAGACAUUCGCGAUGGGUGUGAACAUGCCAGCUAGAACUGUAGUGUUCGAUGAGACCACUAAGUACGAUGGCCUGCAGAGACGUGUUCUCGCUCCGGCUGAGUACAUCCAGAUGGCGGGAAGAGCCGGAAGACGAGGUCUUGAUGACACGGGCACUGUGAUCAUACUAUGCAAGGACGGAGUACCAGACCUGGUCACCCUCAAGGGCAUGAUGCUGGGCAUCCCACAAAAACUAUCUUCCCAGUUCAGGCUCACAUACGCUAUGAUACUUAGUUUGUUACGGGCAGCAACAGUGUCCGUCGAAGGCAUGAUGCAGCGAUCAUUCAGGGAGUUCAGCCAAAUUUGUCAAGCGGAUAACUAUAGGAAACAACUACAACUAGCCGAGAAGGAAUACUCAGAGAAAUGUAGUACACCACUAGCGUCACACUUAGCACCGUUAGCGGCAUUCUAUGAUAUUGCAGCAAUGUACAUCGAUGUACUGAAUGAAAUCAUGCCGAUACUCCUUGGUACGGCGAAGAUUUCGAAGGAAAUGACGCCCGGUAGAGUUCUCGUGGUCUCUGCUGGACCCUAUAUGAACCAACUUGGUGUUUUGUUGAAUAAUAAUGGUCCAAGACAGACACCGUACAAAGUCCUCCUACUAGACACCAAAGUACAGGACGAUGCAAAAUACAACUUCGAGAUAGACGAGAACUGGUACAGAAUACUUAGUUUCUCCGCCAUGUACAGCAGUAUUGGCACAGAAGAAAGUACCUUAGACCACACUAUAUUAUGUAUUGCACCUAAGAAUAUAAUUUCCGUUACAAAAAUGAGUCUGAAAAUUGACCCCAAGGUCAUUAUAGAUGAUUGGGAGAAGAGGCAAAUUCCCAGGUUCAAAGACGCCCCAGUAGGUUCAAGCUGUGCGACGGCUGUACAGGAGCUAUCCCGAAUCUCACACGCCGUAUGUUCCGGAGCCACGACGCUGGAACUUGUGAACUUAACGCAAUCUCUCUCCAUUACUACGGGUGAAAUUCUCUCUUCUAUCGACAAGAUGAAUAAAUGCAUGAAUGAACUGAAAGAUCAUAAGAAAAGUACGGAUAUAGCGAACUUUAAGUCGGAGUUCGCGAUAGUUUACGAGCGGAAACUGACGGAACGGAAACGAGACAAGUAUAAACGAUUACUGUCUUUCGAGAACCUCGCACUGUACCCUGACUACCAGCGCCGACUUAUGGUGCUACGGGAGCUCAGCUAUAUUGAUGAACAUGACAGUGUUAUACUUAAAGGUCGUGUAGCAUGCGGUAUGGGUACAAACGAGCUGAUAAUAUCUGAGCUGGUCUUCAGAAACGUGUUCACAGACAAGACGCCGGCAGAGAUAGCAGCGUUACUCAGUUGUUUUGUGUUCCAAGCGAGGACUCAGGUGGAGAACCAGCUCACUGACAAACUGGCUGAGGGAGUCAAAGCUAUAGAACAAAUCGAUGCUGAACUAACUGCUAUCGAGUCUAAGUAUUUGGUCGGCCAAUUCGAAGGGCAAGCUGAAAGACUGAACUUUGGUCUCGUGAGAGUAGUGUACGAAUGGGCGCUGGAGAAACCGUUCGCAGAGAUCAUGGACCUCACUGACGUGCAGGAGGGUAUCAUUGUCAGGUGUAUACAACAGUUGCAUGAGUUGCUAGUAGAUGUGAAAGACGCAGCCGUGGCGGUCGGUGACCCAAAACUCCAAGCCAAAAUGAUGGAAGCAUCCACAGCAAUCAAAAGGGACAUUGUAUUCGCGGCCAGCUUAUACACCACGCAAAAAGAAACGAUUAAGCUUCUGAAGCUAAACGAACGAGCCGGCGCUAAGAGUAAACGAAUUAACCGCCUCGGUCACACGAGUUCUAUGUACCGGAACAUCGUACUGGCAGCCAGCUGGACUCCUUCAAACACACAGACGACCAAAAUCGAAGUCCUACCACCAACGGAUACGACGACAACUGAAAAGACGAAUAAUCAAGACCAAGAAUCAACCAGUAUAACAAAGAAAGCAAACAAAUCUCCAGAAACUAUCGAGAAAGGACAAAAAGAAACAAAUGAAAAGCCGAAUAAUAUUUCGAAGAAGAAUAAGAAGUCGGGACACAAUGAGGGACAGAUAUCUAAAACCAAGCAACCGAAACCCGUCAGGGACGACAAAACUAAUUACAUAUUGGGACAACACGAUGAUUGGACAGAUUACGCCUAAAUAGUCUUUAGAGCAAUGAUCCAAUUGGGCUAAAAAUCAUUUGAACUGUAGGCGCUUGCCUGUAGUAGCGCGUAGCCUCUAUUCAUGCAAUAUUAAUCCAGCUACACGCUGUAUAAUGAAAGAUACCAAACUCUAAUGAACAAUUCAAACCAUGAACAAUCUGACGGAAAGAAUAACAUCUUGAACAAAACAGUACUGACUAUGAGUUUCUUUCCUAGUCUCGCCUGUUUCGGUACGGCUCUAAAUCGUAACUAAAUCCAUCUGAGAAUGACAUUGACACCAAACCAUACCGACGAAAUUAUAGAAAUUAUAUUACGUAUCGACGAAAUUAUCCAACCUAGGCUAUCUAACAUCAGCCAAAAAUGCAAAGCUAGUCUUCCUUACUUAUUUUAUUCGUACCUAAGUAUAAACCUACUCCAUACUUUAUUGCUUCCAAUAGAGAUAACAAUAUUUCACUUUCAUUUCACCUACUUAACGUUUUCCUCUAUCUCUCUUGCAUAAUCAUUGUUCUCUCUCUGACUCUUAUUCUAUUAAACUAUUACAUAAAAAUCAUAAAAAAGUAUUCUGCGGUCUGUUUUACCCGAUUUACAAAGCCAGGUUCUAUGUUUGACUGUGUAUUUGUCUUCUAUUAAUCAUUUUAUAGUAUAAAUUAGUGACUUUUUAAAUAUCUUUUAGAUUUAGCUUUAUAUUUGUUUAUACCUUUUACCUCCUCUUUAAACCUAAUCUUACAAUUAAUAAUAAUUUUGUGUAUCCUUAAUACCCAGUAUAUAGGGUGCUUACAGUGCUUGUAUUAUCAUUAUUUAAUUGUGUUACUUUUAAAAAUAAACUUCU